CUUGUAUCAAUCAGAACCAGAACGAUCUUCGACUCGAUCGCAUUACAGCAACUAACCCAAACCUCCAUCCAGCAAUCAUGAAGUGCAUCGCAGCUGUAGUCAUGGUGGCUCUGGCCGUCGUAGUCGAGGGUGGCAUUGUUUCGGUUCCGGUGGUCUACUCCGCUCCCGAGACGACCGUUGUCCAGCAGAACGUUGCUCCGAAGUACGUUAUUCCUGCCCCGCUCACCUACGCCGCUCCCGCUAUUUCCUAUGCCGCUCCGGCCUACUCCUAUGCUGCACAAACCGUCUCCCAUGCCGUCCCAGCCGUUCGCACCGUCUCCUAUGCUCGUGUCGCAUCGGUAGCCCCGGUUGCCUACUCCGCUCCGACAUUCUACUCUGAUUCAGACGUUGUAGAAGCCGCUCCAGUGGCCGUUGCUCCUGCUGCCACCGUCGUCGCUCAGCCCGCCGUAGCCGUUGUCGCCCAGAAGGAAGCUCGUUAUGUGGCCGCCAACCGAGGCGCUGUCCAUGAGGCUCCUCUGGCCGGACACGCCGUCAACCAGCAAUCACUGAACGUUGAGCCAGCUCCAGGAACUCUUCGGGGCAUAUUUCGCUCCAUAGUAUCCUCCAUACAGACCCAAUGGAUUGACGGUGUUCAGAGUGUUCACGUUGGCCUGGACCACAGUCGGGGCAUAUUUCGUUCCAUGGUAUCCUCCAUAAAGACCCAAUGGAUUGACGGUGUUCAGAGUGUUCAAGUUGGCCUGGACUACAGUUGGGGCGUACUUGGCGCCGUAGUAUCCUCCGUACAGACCGUUGUUGUAGAAAGAGUACGGAAGAGCGGCUGGUUCUUCAUUGCAAUCAUGGCGCUGGCGCUGGUCGCUGUUUCCGAGGCGUCCUACCUGCCAUACGAUGAUGAUCUUUCCUACCAGAGCUAUGGCUAUGGACUUCCCCUGUCGAAGGUGGUCGUCGGUUCUUCGUACGGUCUACCAGCAGCUGUAGACAAGUACUCCUACCCAUCGCUGUACGGUUCUUAUUCGGCCUUGAAGAGGGUGGUCGAAUACCCGUCGGUUGCUCCUCUGCUGGCCACCAAGGUCGUUGAUAACAGCUACGGAUUGGGAUACAACAAGCUGGUUGCCCCGGUCGUCGCCACCAAGGUCGUUGAUAACAGCUACGGGCUGGGAUACAACAAGCUGGUUGCUCCAGUCCUUGCCAGCGGAUACGGUCUCGGAUACAACAACUACGGACUGGGAUACAACAAGCUGGUUGCUCCAGUCCUUGCCAGCGGAUACGGUCUCGGAUACAACAACUACGGACUGGGACACAACAAGACCCACCUAUAUAAACCGUACUCCCGGCUUGUUUUCGAUCACAACGCAAUCGAUCUCCACGCAGUUUGGACGGUAUCUUCCGAAAAAAAAACAACCCCAGUAAUCAUGAAGUGCAUCGCAGCUGUAGUCAUGGUGGCUCUGGCCGUCGUAGUCGAGGGUGCCGUAGUUCCGGUUCCGGUGGUUUACUCUUCUCCAGAGACGACCGUCGUUCAGCAGAACGUUGCUCCAAAGUACGUUACGUCGAACGUUGCCUACAGCGCACCGGCCGUCACCUCGUACUCUGUGCCGCAAACGACCUACGUUCAGCAGAAAUACGUCUCGGCAGCACCAGCUGUGACAUAUGCUGCGCCUGCUGUUACCGCCUACAACGUAGCUCCGACUACCUACACCACCGUGCAGCAGAAUGUUGCCCCUGCUAUCACUUAUUCCGCACCGGCCGUCAGUGCUUACACGGUUCCGGAAAAGACCAUUGUGCAGCAGAAUGUUGCUCCCGCUGUCUCUUAUUCGGCACCGGUCGUCACUGCUUACUCUGCUCCGGAAAAGACCGUUGUGCAGCAGAAUGUUGCUCCAAAGUACGUUAGCUAUUCGGCUCCGGCUGUAACCACCUACUCGGCCCCUGCCGUCUCUUACGCUGCCCCGGCCGUCUCUUACUCUGCCCCGGCCGUCUCUUACUCUGCCCCGGCCGUCUCUUACUCUGCCCCGGCGGUUACUUACGCCGCUGCUCCGGUGACGCAAUACAAAUCGGUCGCUGCGGUCCCGACCGUGUACUCCGCAGAUUCGGAAGUGAUUGAGGCUGCCCCAAUUGCUUCGGUAGCUCCCGCUGAAACCUACGUUGUUGACCAGCAGGCUACUGCUGUGUUGCCAAAGACCAGUGCUCGUUAUGUCGCCGCUACUCCCGGUGCCGUGCACGAUGCUCCUCUCGCCGGACACACCGUUAACCAGCAGGCGCUCAAUGUAGAGCCGGCACCAGGAACUCAGUAAGAUGAUACCGAAGGAUAACAACAGCCCGCAUAUUAUAUUUCGAUUACACACGAAAACGCUGACAAAAUUAACGAAUUUCGAACUACCUACAAGAGUUAUCUUGUCGGCUAAGCGAUGAAAUAAAAUUGCAAAUUCUCACGUUAUA